UGUCCUUUUCUUUAGUUUUAGUUUAUUGGAAACACCAUCAAACAAAUAAAGAAUAAGCAUUAUUCCCAGUUUAUAUUAAGUCAACAACAGAAUAUAUUCUUUGAUUGAGUACCCUUUAAUUUAGAUAUACUUGAAAAAAGAAGAACUCAUAUAGGAACAACACUCAAAGAAAAAUUGGCAUCUCCCCUUUGGAAUCCACUAUAUUUUUCAUCUUUACUUUUCCUUUAAGAUUUCUAAGUCUUUGUCAAAAAAAUGGGAGCAGUAAUCUGUUGCAUGAGUGAACCAAGUGAGAAAAAGAGCUUGGAAAAGAAGCUUGAGAAGAAAAUAGCUGAAAUAAGAAGAAAUAAAUUUGGACAAACCAAAUUGAAAUCAGUUGAUAGUAUAGUUAUGCAGUUCCCUAUGUUCAAGGAGAGACUAAAAACCUUAAGAGCAAUGUUUGAAGAAUAUGAUGAGGACUCUAAUGGAUCCAUAGAGGCACAUGAACUGAAAACUUUCUUAGAAGAUUUGCAACUUCAUCUUCAAGAGAAUGAGAUUGAGACUAUUUUUCAGUACUGUGAUAUUGAUGGAAGCAAAGGCAUACAGUUCAAUGAAUUUAUUGUUCUCCUAUGCCUCCUCCAUAUCCUAACAGAACCUGUAUCCUCUAAUAAUUCUCCAAAGGCGGAGUUGGCAGUGGCACAGGUUGGACAAGUAUUUGAUACCAUAGUUGACAUUUUUCUGUUUUUCGAUAAAAAUGGUGAUGGGAAGCUUAACAAGAAGGACAUGAUCAGGACAAUGAAUGAGGCUCAUCCUAGAGAAAGAUCUCCGGCACACAUUACCAAAAACAGAUUCAGAGAAAUGGACUGGGACAAGAAUGGACAAGUGACAUUGAGGGAAUUUCUAUUUGGUUUCAUUAAUUGGGUUGGGAUUGAUGUUGAUGAGUAGAUUCAUGAAAAGAACUUACACUGCACAUCAUAAGAAUGCUUAAAGAUAGAUUAUGCUGAAUCUGUAUAAGCUUGAGUUCUCAUUUUCUAAUGUGUUGUAGAAAUUUACACA